CGGAGCUUCCCGUACCAAACGCAGGGCGCGAGAGUUGAUGUGCUUCUGGCGUGAACUGUUUCCCUCGGACAAAGGAGCUGACGGCAACCCUCGCCGGGCUGCGUCCGGAAGGACCACCGUGAAGGAAGCGUGGAGACCGGGAGCUCUGCCGUCUGGCGUCGCCCAGAGCCGCGUGUGACCCCAGUACGCGGGCCUCUCACUAUUGUGGCCUCUCCCAUUGCGGAGCAUAGGCUCUGGAUGCGCAGGCUCAGCGGCCAUGGUUCACGGGCCCAGCCACUCUGCGGCAUGUGGGAUCUUCCCGGACAGGGGCACGAACCCGUGUCCCCUGCAUCAGCAGGCGGACUCUCAACCACUGCGCCACCAGGGAAACCAGCAGUAUACUGGAGCUUCUCUGCUGGACUCCCAGACUUCCACAAAGCAAUCUCCUUUACAGACAAUAAGUGAAGAACAAACCCAGAACCCCUACACUGAACUGCUUGUACUGAAAGCUCAUCAUGAUAUUGUACGGUUUCUGGUACAGUUAGAUGAUUACAGAUUUGCAUCUGCUGGUGAUGAUGGAAUUGUAGUUGUGUGGAAUGCCCAGACAGGAGAAAAACUUUUGGAACUCAAUGGACACACUCAAAAGAUAACAGCUAUUAUUACAUUUCCUUCUUUGGAAGCUUGUGAAGAAAAAAAUCAACUGAUCUUGACAGCCUCUGCUGACAGAACAGUUAUUGUAUGGGACUGUGAUACUGGCAGACAAGUUCAGAAAGUGUCAUGCUUCCAGUCUACUGUAAAGUGUUUAGCUCUUCUUCAGAGACUAGAUGUUUGGCUUUCUGGUGGGAAUGACCUCUGUGUGUGGAACCGAAAAUUAGAUCUCCUGUGUAAGACUAGUCACCUUUCUGAUACAGGGAUCAGUGCUUUGAUUGAAAUACCUAAGAACUGUGUUGUGGCAGCAGUUGGCAAAGAACUGAUAAUUUUCAGGCUGGUAGCACCCACAGAGGGAUCACUAGGAUGGGAUAUUCUUCAAGUUAAGCGCCUCCUUGAUCACCAGGAUAAUAUUCUCUCACUGGUUAAUGUCAAUGAUUUGAGUUUUGUAACUGGCUCCCAUGUUGGAGAGCUCAUCAUCUGGGAUAUCCUGGACUGGACUGUGCAGGCCUGUGAACGCAACUUUUGGGACCCAUCUCCACAGCUGGACACUCAGCAAGAAAUAAAACUCUGUCAAAAGCCAAAUGACGUUUCUAUUCAUCAUUUCACAUGGGAUGAAGAGAAUGUAUUUGUUGCAGUUGGAAGGGGUUUAUACGUCUAUAACCUUCAAAUGAAGCGUGUGAUUGCCUGCCAGAAAACUGCACAUGACUCCAAUGUCCUGCACGUUGCCAAACUUCCAAACAGGCAGUUAAUCUCAUGCUCAGAAGAUGGAAGUGUACGCAUUUGGGAGUUACGAGAAAAACAGCAGCUUGCAGCUGAACCUGUACCAACAGGUUUUUUUAACAUGUGGGGAUUUGGAAGAGUAAAUAAACAAGCCAGCCACCCUGUUAAAAAACAACAAGAAAAUGCCACUUCAUGUUCACUAGAGCUUAUUGGCGAUUUAAUUGGACACUCAUCAUCUGUGGAGACGUUUCUGUACUUUGAAGAUCAUGGACUAGUGACAUGUUCUGCUGAUCAUCUCAUUAUUUUGUGGAAAAAUGGAGAACGAGAAUCUGGAUUGCGCAGCUUAAAGUUAUUUCAAAAAUUAGAGGAGAACGGUGACUUAUAUCUUGCUGUCUAGUUUAAGGAAUUUGAACACCUGUGCAUGAACCUUGAACAGCAAAUAUAGGGGUAAUACUCUGAAAACCAUUACCAUAUUAAUCACUUAAAUUUUGUAAUUUUUUUUUCUUGUUACUCCAUAAAAUUCCAAUUGUUUGAAUUCUUUUUUCUGGGGCUGCAAACCAGCAACAAGUUGCUUCUCAGGUAUUAGUACUUUCACCAAAGAAUAUAGCACAAGUUUUUCAUUUGACUUUUCACAUAACAGUUACCUGAAACCAUUGAAGGAAUGGGUCUAAUUUCAGCAGUGAAUUUUCAGAAAGUGAAGUUUUCAGAGUUCAUCACAUAUACCUGUUGAAGCAGAAUUAAAUUAUACCACAGUGUCCUCACAGAGAUAAAUUUUUUAUGCUUUGAAAAAACUCUACACCAGAAAUUAUAUGAGUUUAUGUUUAAUGAGGAGAAGAGUACUUGGAACCUCUCACUCUCUCUAAUGUAACUAUAUUGCCUCUAAAUAAAUUUUUAUUCAUCAAAAGGGAUUAGAUUUUUAAAAUAUUACAUGUAAUUUCUUUCAUUUAGCCUUUUUGGAUUUUGAAAUACCUGACUUUGUUCUCCAAAGUUGUUAGUAUUUUAACUAUACCUGUCAUUCUUCUAAAGAUUUAUUCAAGGAACCUACUUUUAUGGAAAUAAAUGUACAUGAUCAUUAUAGACGAUAUUUUGGGAGAAAAAUGAAAAAUCCGGUGAAGAGUAAAUAGGUAGGAUGUAGCAUAUCUUGAACUUAAACCUUGAGAUAUCCAGAAAACUGAUGCCUCCCUGUAGGAAAUGAAGAUUCCAUAAUAAUUGUACUUUGUGCUGCUAUUGAAGUGGUGAGUGCUGUGUUUUAAGCUUCUUAAUUUGAACCUAGACCCUGGGAGGAGGUAGAAAUAGAAAUAACAGUAUUUUUUUAUUCUUUGGUUUUCUUUAGAGCCUGUUUGAUUAAGAAUUCUUGUGAUAAAUUUAAAUAUAUCCUUUCUCCUACAAAUCCCCCUGGUCUUUAGUAACUCUCAGUAUUCUAAAUAUGAAGCAAACCUGAAUCUCUCACUGUUUUAACUACAGUUUUUUUUUGGUGCCAACUAAUUUGUUUAAAUCCUUUUUUUUUUUAAAUUCUAGCUACUAAAAUCCCUAUAAACACAAAUCAGGAGGAAUCUUAUUACAGUGUAUUUUUUCCCCCUAGCCUGAGCAGCUAUUGACUAGAUUCUUGGUAAUAGACCAGCAGCAGCCCCUCAUAUAUGCCAGAGAUGAGAGCUAGAUCAGUAAAGUUACAGUGUUUUCAAAGUGCCUGAUUCAUCUUACCAUUGGCUCAAAUAUGAAAUGCUUGAGACAGGCAUCACUUAUGAGUUUCUUGCAGACCACUGAGAUUUAAUCAUCUUCAUCACCCCAUCAGCCUUAGAGCACUCUUUCUCCCUUUUGGUACUAAAGAAUAAAAAUUAAAAAGUGUUCCAUACAUUAAAAAAUGGGUGGGUUUAAUUGUGGAGUUAAUCUUAAACUGCUGAUGAAAGAAUCGUAUUGAAGUAAACACCAGGUGGCUGAUGUGUCAGAGGACUAAUCCUUCUCAAAGAACACUUUCUGGAUUUAUUUUUUCAUCACACACAGCCUAAUGGAAUCUUUGUAAAUUGUUGUCACUAGUGUCACUAGUUUUACCUUUGACAGUUGUUGUUUCCUCAACUACCUACAAAGUCUGGAAGAGCUAUGGUCAUCUAUGCCAGACCAGUGCCAUAAUGUUAUAAAUAAGGAAGCUGAAGCCCAGUCAGGUAAGGCCUUCCAGUUAGUUAGCUCAAUUCUCAUUAGCAUCAGUAAACGAAUUUAAAAACAGAAAUUGAACAUGACUGGAAUGAGAGAGAAGGGUUGUAUGAUUACCCCUUGAGCAAAACCAGAUAAUGUUCAUAGUCAUUGUUUCUGUUUUAAUUCACAAUGAAAAUACCUUUAUGGAGAAAUAUAAUAAAAUUUAUGUAACCACCAUUACAUAAUAGAAGAAUGUGAAUAGAAAAAUUAGCACUGCCUCUUAGCCGACAGAUUGUUGUUAUCGUGGCAUACGUAUCUGAGCAGUCAUACUGAGGCACUGCUAAUCUUUUAUCCUGAAAUUGGAACGUGGGUAGGAUUCCUAAACCAGGCAGACAUGCAUUUUGGGCUGAGUGCAUCAGAUUAUUGAUCAGAGUCAUUGUUAGGCUUUUAAUUUUCUUCUAUAGAUGGACUUUCUCUUAUUACCAGCUAGCUUUUUCUUUGGAGAUUCUACUAUUAGGUCAUGAGUUUUAAAGUUUUCUUGAAUUGUAUAAGAUAGUCAAUGAAUUAUAAAAGGAAUUCAUAGAUUCUUAACUGCUUUUUUCCCUAAUUUGUUCUGGAUUAGUAUUUGUAAUAGUAAUCUAUUCACGUGAAUGAUACAAACCACAGGUGAGUUGGGGGAGCAAAUAGUACUGAUGAAAGUACCACUGUGAGUCCCUCUGUUAUUAAAAUCUAGAGGAAAACCUCCAACCCAUUCAUGGGAACUUGAUGGUUUUUGCUUUCAUGAAUGCCCUAAGGUCAGAGAUGGAGUAAAACAGUGAGAUGGGAAAAUCUAGCAGAGACUCAGACUUUGAUGGCUGCUUACUAGUUGUAUGCAGAGUGCUGCAAAAAGUUGAACUUUCAAACUAGAAGAAUACAACUAUAACUGAGGUCGAUAAAUAUUAUGUGCAUUUUUUCCAUUUCCCUGGCUUAGCUUUCAGUGCUGUUAUAUUUGCAACACCAGAAGUAAUACUAUGCAGUGGGCCUUGUCAUUUUUAUUUAAAAAUACCCUUAUUACCUCAUUCUCUGGCUUACUCACAUAACACAAUCAAGAGCCUAAACUUGAGGGACAUUGUAUUUAUCUUUCUCAAGUUGAGUGCGUUCUGAUUAAUAGAUGAGGCUUGUUCUUUGUCCACAAGACUAAGCAGUCCUAACUCUGAAGGUAAGCAUAUUUUAAAAUCUUAAAUUGGAAGUAAAGAAUAACCUAAUUAAAUUAUAGGGUUAUUCUGGUCCCGGUAACAGUGUUUUAUAACUAACUUCUGGUUAAGUAGUAGUAGUAAUGUGACUUCUCUCUAGUUUAGAUCAUGUUAUAUUUUCCUAAAUUAAUAGGGUUCCCCUCAACACAGACUUAUGCUCAGUAUGAGAGACAAUUAUAAUAGUUUAUACUCACUCAUCUGAUACACAUACCAUCUGAAAGACUAUUUGGAGGAAUGCACUAUUUAGUUAGUUAGCAACUCAGUAGAAGAUUACACCAUAGUAGAUUACACUGAUAAAGAGCAGAGCUAUGCUAAAGCUUUAGUACCUGGCAGUGUUAAUAUGAAAUUAAUUUGAAAUUAUACUGAGUCAGUUUUAACAAACAUUCACAUAGAAAAAUGUCAGACAUCUGAUGAAUGUCACUUACCAAAUGGAACCAAAAGCGAGAUGGUCAAGAAAAGAUUGUCGUUGCUUCAGGCAAGCUUCUGAAGCCUAGGCAAAUUAUUUAGCUCCUUAAAAUGGGAUUCUGACAUCCUGAAUUUAAUGUGUUCUGAAAACAAAGCGUGUGACUCAUGAAAUAAAGAGCACUAAACCGAAAUAUUGAAAUUAUGAAAAAUUUAGGCCAAAGAGGUAAAAUAAAAACAGCUGUUAGGAAUGAAAAAUGGCUGUAGGAAUUUAGUUACAAGUACUUCACAAAAACAUUUUCAUCACAUUUACUUAGUGCAGCAUUACAAUACAAAGCUAGCUGCUGUCCUGACCAAGCAAGUUCUCUUACCAUCUAACAAAAAUAAUUUAGGUACAUUUCUUUGCAUGGAAUUGUCAUAUAUGUUUCCAUUUGUUGGUACAAAACAUAGAAAAAAACAUUGGCAUGUUUUGUAGUGAUAAGUAAUUUUUGCCCCCAUGUACUAGGUCCACGUGUUCUGCAUUCCAAUUUUCAUUUGAAAAAAGUAACUAACUACUGGUUCAGUUAAUUUAGUCUCUGUUUAUACCUCUUAGAAAUGCAGCAUGAAGUACAGAGAAUUUGAAAGAAAAACAAAGAUUUUGUUUACAGAAUCUCUAAUUUAUAAUACAUAGAGAAGGGUUGGCUGGUAAAAGAGAAAAGAAAAUCUCAAGUCUGACUUCAUGUAGACCACAGAAAGUUGUGAAAAGAGCUGUAUAAAAAUAUGCACUUGUGCUUUAGAAGCUUUUAGCAUACAAUUAAUAGCUUAAAAUAGUAUUUACUGCUUCCCCAUAUGCUAUUUUCUGAUAUAUUUACACACCUUGCAAUCUUUUUUUCAUCAUUAAAGCAAAAUGGCAUGAUCUUAAAUAUAGAUAGGUUAAAAACAUCUGAACCUUGAAACUUCCUCUGUCUCCUCAGUACUCGGCACAACGUACUCCAUGGACUUAAACCCUGAAAAUUUAGAUUGCUUUAAUAAAAAUUUUAAACAGCAAAUGUAUAUAAAUUUUUUUUAAAAAAAAAGCUUGUCCAAGGGCAUUCAGAUUAAUGGCUUGUAUAUAAUACCUACUGUAGUGCCUUGUAACUGCCUCUGUAAACCAGAAAUAAAGGGAGAAAGCUCUUGGAUUCCCCACAGACAAGAUGUCACUUCCUUCCCCAUCAUGCUUGACUUUCUGUUAAGAUGAAUCCCUUUUGUAGGAGAGAGGACUACACAGGCUGCUGAUACCAGUCUAGAGAAGGCACUCACCAGGCCAAGACAGACUAUGUUCUAACUUGGGUGUUACACCAUUGAUCAGAACCACCUAGCCAUGGAGGCUCUGAAGCUAACUAGUUUAUCAGCAGUUUGGUCCUAGUUGUUUUGCUCACUUUAUAUGGGUUUCUUUUCUUAGAUAUUCUUAUGAGCCUUUUAGAUUGAUGCUCUUGAGGAAAAUAGUCAAGCUAAACAGUGAUGGUGACUUUCAUGGUAAAAGAUGAGCUAAACCACUAGCUAAGCUACAUGGUCCAUCAUCCACAGAGAUGGUGGGCUCGUGGGCACCAAGUCUUUGCUGCAUGUCUCCUGCUAGUUACAGUGAAUCAGCUGCAGGGUUUGAUGAGGGCAGACAGGAUGACAGCAGGGCAAAGGAUUUUGCCAUGUGUUUGUUCUGUCACUAAGUGAUUGUUCAAAAUUUUUCUUCAUGGAACAUAAUUUUCUAAAAAUGAAAUUUGGGAAGUUGAAUGAUUAAAAGUCAGAUAUUAAACAUUAGCUCCUUAACCUACACCUGUCAUUUUCAUUAUGAAGGAAAGCCUCUUGUUUACACUACUGUGAUUCACAGUGCCCUUUGUAGAUCAAGAGGUCACCUUCUCUGUCUUGGCUUUAGCUGUCAGAUGGAAGCCUCAGACUUUUGCACUUUAGGUCAUCUAACGUCUUCCAGUGUUUGUAGUUAUCGGCCAAAUGUUGCAUCAGGGUUGGCAGGUGUGCAAAGGCUGCAAGGAUAUAAGAGAAUAAAAAGAAGCCUGUUAAAUUAGAUUCCAGGAGCAUUUAUAAGGUUGGGGCUCUGUGGGACAAAUUUGGGAUCACAAUUGGAGGAGAGGUACCCUAGGUUAGGCCUAAGGUGAACACAGAAGCAUGAGAAGGAUGAGUUACUAAACACUGGUUUCUGAAAUAUGAACAGGUCCUUUUAACUAAAAAUUGAUAACAACAAAAGAUCAGAAAGAGAAAUUAAAGAAACAAUCCCAUUUACCAUCACAUCAAAAAGAAUAAAAUACCUUGAAAUAAACCUACCUAAGGAGGCAAAAAACCUGUACCCUGAAAACUAUAAGAUGUUGAUGAAAGAAAUCAAGGAUGACACAAACACAUGGAAGGAUACCAUGUUCUUGGAUUGGAAGAAUAAAUAUUGUGAAAAUGACUAUACUACCCAAGGCAAUCUACAGAUUCAGUGCAAUCCCUAUCAAGAUACCGAUGACAUUUUUCACAGAACUAGAAUGAAAAUUUUUUUAAUUUGUAAGGAAACACAAAAGACCCUGAAUAGCUAAAGCAAUCCUGAGGAAGAAAAUCAGAGCUGGAGAAAUCAGGCUCCCUGGCUUCAGACUAUACUUCAAAGCUACAGUAAUCAAAGUGGUAUGGUACUGGCACAAAAACAGAAGUAUAGAUCAAUGGAACAGGACAGAAAGCCCAGAAAUAAACCCAUGCAUCUAUGGUCAAUUAAUCUACAACAAAGGAAGCAAGAAUAUACAAUGGAGAAAAGAUAGUCUCUUCAAUAAGUGGUGCUGGGGAAACUGGACAACUACAUGUAAAAGAAUGAAACUAGAACAUUCUGUAACACCAUACACAAACUCGAAAUGGAUUGAAGACCUAAAUGUAAGGCUGGCUACUAUAAAACUCUUAGAGGAAAACAUAGGCAGGACACUCUUCACCAUAAAUCACAGCAGUAUCUUUUUGGAUCCACCUUGUACCUAGAGUAAUGAAAAUAAAAACAAAAAUAAACAAAUGGGACCUAAUUAAACUUAAAAGCUUUCGCACAGCAAAGGAAACCAUAGACAAAACGAAAAUACAACCCACAGAAUGGGAGAAAAUAUUUGCAAAUGAAGCAACCAACAAGGGAUUAAUCUCCAAAAUACACCAACAGUUCAUGCAGCUCUGUAUCAAAAAAAAAAAAAAUCAAAAAAUAGGCAGAAGAUCUAAAUAGACAUUUCUCCAAAGAAGACAUACGGAUGGCCAAAAGCACAUGAAAAGAUGUUCAACGUCACUCAAUGAGAAAUGCAAAUCAAAACCACAAUGAGGUAUCACCUCAAACCAGUCAGAAUGGCCAUCAUUAAAAAGUCUACAAAUAACAAAUGCUGGAGAGGGUGUGGAGAAAAGGGAACCCUCCUACACUGUUGGUGCGAAUGUAAAUUGGUGCAGCCACUAUGGAAAAUGGUAUGGAGGUUCCUUAAAAAACUAAAAAUAGAGCUACCAUAUGACCCAGCAAUCCCACUCUUAGGCGUAUACCCAGAGAAGACUGUAAUUCAAAAAGAUACAUGCACCCCAAUGUUCACUGCAGCACUCUUUACAGUAGCCAAGACAUGGAAGCAACCUAAAUGUCCCUUGACAGAUGAAUGGAUGAAGAAGAUGUGGUAUAUAUAUAUAUAUAUAUACACACACAUACAUACAUACAUAUACAAUGGAAUAUUACUCAGCCAUGAAAAAGAGUGAGAUAAUGCCAUUUUCAGCAACAUGGAUGGACCUAGAGAUUAUCAUACUAAGUGAAGUACGUCAGAAAGAGAAAGACAAAUAUCAUAUGAUAUCACUUAUAUGUGGAAUCUGAAAAAAAAGAUACAAUUCAACUUAUUUACAAAACAGAAAUAGACUCACAGACUUUGAAAACAAAUUUAUGGUUACCAAAGGGGAAACACGGGGGGAGGGACAAAUUAGGAGUUUGGGGUUAACAUAUAUACACUAAAUAGAUAAUCAACAAGAAUCUACUGUAUAGCACAAGGAACUCUACUCAAUGUUCUGUAAUAACCUAUAUGGGAAAAGGAUCUGAAAAAGAAUGAAUAUAUGUAUAACUGAAUCACUUAGCUAUACACCUGAAAGUAACCCAACAUUGUAAAUCAACUAUACUCGGAUAUAAAAUAAAAAUUAAAUUCAAAAAAAUUAAAAAGGAUCUCAAAAAAAUGAAAAGCUGUUUAUCAACUGAUAUUAUGAAAAGAAUCUGUGAUUCAGAGUAGACUUAGUAUAUUUUAUGUUCUCUCUAGAAUUUCCUCCAAUGACAGAAUAAAACUCCUGUAAGCUUUGGAAACA